CCAGGAGCCGAGAUUAUAAAAGGAGGACACAGGCUGGAGCAGAGGGACAGCGCCUGCUCCCAGAGACCUCGCUUCGCAGGCUGGGAGACCUUGGCUUCCUCCCAACUCCUUCUCCUUGACAAGAGCAUCUGAAACCAGCCCGGCGCCUUGCUCCCAACCCGCAGAAGGGAGCAUGCCUGGGACAGCUGGGCCAGGGAGGAAUUAAAAGCUCCAGGAUGGUGCUGUGGGCACGUCCUCAUAUCUUCCUUCAGGUAUUUAUCCUCUGGAUUAGCCCCACCUCGGCUUCCAUCCAGGAUCAAUACUGUGAGAAUUUACCUCCGAGCAGUAACACCACUGGUCUCCAGUGCAAUGCCUCAAUAGACCUGAUCGGUACAUGCUGGCCCCGGAGUGCUGUGGGGCAGCUGGUGGCCCACCCUUGCCCCGAAUACUUGUUCGGAGUCCGAUACAACACCACAAACAACGGGUACAGAGAAUGCCUCAUGAAUGGGAGCUGGGCAGCCCGCGCCAAUUAUUCCCAGUGCCAGGAGAUUCUCGACGAGGAGAGGAAGAGCAAACUGCAUUACCACAUUGCCGUCAUCAUAAACUACCUGGGACACUGCGUCUCGCUAGGGGCCCUGCUCCUUGCCUUUGUCCUCUUCAUGCGCUUGAGGAGCAUCAGGUGCCUGCGGAACAUCAUCCACUGGAACCUGAUCACAGCCUUCAUCCUACGAAAUGCCACCUGGUUCGUGGUGCAGCUCACCAUGAACCCGGCCGUGCAUAAGAGCAACGUGGCCUGGUGCCGCCUGGUCACAGCCGCCUACAAUUACUUCCACGUCACCACCUUCUUCUGGAUGUUCGGCGAGGGCUGCUACCUCCACACGGCCAUUGUGCUCACCUACUCCACCGACAAGCUCCGCAAGUGGAUGUUCAUCUGCAUCGGCUGGUGUAUCCCUUUUCUGAUCAUUAUUGCCUGGGCCCUGGGAAAGCUGUACUAUGACAAUGAGAAAUGCUGGUUCGGGAAGCGAGCAGGAGUCUACACCGAUUACAUCUACCAAGGCCCCAUGAUCCUGGUGCUCCUGAUCAACUUCAUCUUCUUAUUCAACAUCGUCCGAAUCCUCAUGACCAAGCUCCGAGCCUCGACCACCUCGGAGACCAUGCAGUACAGGAAAGCAGUGAAGGCCACGCUGGUCCUGCUGCCGCUGCUGGGCAUCACCUACAUGCUGUUCUUCGUGAAUCCGGGGGAAGACGAGAUCUCCGGGGUCGUUUUCAUCUACUUCAACUCCUUCCUGGAAUCUUUCCAGGGCUUCUUUGUCUCCGUCUUCUAUUGCUUCCUGAACAGCGAGGUCCGUUCCGCCGUGCGGAAGAGAUGGCACCGGUGGCAGGACAAGCACUCGAUCCGCGCCCGCGUGGCCAGAGCCAUGUCCAUCCCUACGUCGCCGACACGCGUCAGCUUCCACAGCAUCAAGCAGUCGACGGCUGUCUGAGCGGGGAGGAAGCCAUCGCGCGGGAGGGGAGCCAAGGUUUGCAGCAGAGCCGCCGCUGCUUGCACUGCAGACUGAGCACGGCCUGUGGGCCAUGUACUUCCAGGACGGACCCCCAGUCCCACAAGCACAGCAGAGCCCCGGCGGGGGCGGGGACUGUCCGACACCAAAGAAACCCCUCGCCAGUGUCUGCCCUGGGAGACCAGAUCUCAGAGAAGCUCUUUCUUAUUCUCCCAAACCCUUGUGAGGCCAGAACCUUCCUGGCCCAGGACUGUGGGUCUGGGCAGUAUCUGGUGGCCCUGGCAAGGCCUACAGCAACUGAGGACAACGGUCCAGUCACAUUAUCCCAGGGCCGGCUGAGGGCAGAGCAAUUCCUCGAGUGAUGCCGGGUUUGCUGGAGAUACGGCAGAGUCCAGCAUCCGCCCCAGUCCUGACCUAGCAGCAGGUGUAGCGGAAACCCGUGUUCGUCCAGUGAGAGCCCCGGUCCGGCUAGCACUGGUCACAUGGAUGGGAUAUGACCGGUCUAUGUUCUUGCCUCUCUCCCCAUUCCCAUGGGUAUAAAUCCCUCGCUCUGGUUCAGCGGCUGCACGGCAGGUCUGCAUCCAAAGGCGUGGUGAAAGCCCUGUUUGUGGCGCAUGGCGAUGGCGCCUCGGGAAUGACCCUGUCCGAAGCCACUGCCACCCCACGGCCCUGCUCACCCGUUCUAGGGGGCAAGGCUGGUAAAUGCUGCUUCCAGGCUCCUGCUGCCAGUGCAGCUGCCCUGAAGAACCUCGGCACGCUGCGGUGUUGGGGAGGGAUGCCCUGAUGUGCGUUAACCCAGAGGACAGACCGGCUGCUUGGGCCACGAACGCAGUUUGCCUGGUGCCGUUUCUGUGCUUUGCCUUAUGCCUCCGUUUUAUUCCGACCCUGCGAUUAUUCAUCCCCCCUGUCGCCCCGCACCAAGCGGGACACCUGGCGAGGUCACGCAGCCUGCUGCAGCACUGGGUCACCCUGCUGCCCCCACCCCCACCCCAGCGUGCAGUGCCUGGCGAGGACCCGCGGCAGCCAGGCCCGCACGUAGCUGUGUGAAUUCAGCGUUUGUGAGAGUAACCUGAGUCUUCAUGGCAGCAUUCACCCCAGGGACCGGCCCUCGCGCUCACUCCUCUGGCGUUAGCCCAGCGCGAGAGUGGGACGCCCACUGGACCCCGCCGGGCCAGCCCACGCCAGCGGAAAGCCCCUCUUCACCCGCACUAAGGUGGAAAGAGCCAGCGCCCGUAGGGAACAUGGAGAUCAGAGCCCAGGGGAGGAAGUGGGUAAAUGAACACUAGAUCAGCAAUGCUAGCGGAAAUGCAGCAAGUGGAGGGGAGGAGAUUCUUCCUCCCAGAGCAGAGACCUGGCAUAAUAGGGCCAUGGGCUGGGUGCGAAGAAGAGGAAGGCAGCUCCCAUUGAAACACCAGGGAAAAUUGAAUUGGGGGGGUGUUGGCUUCUGCCCAUGGCAAGAUGAGGAUUUGGAGGACACCUGGGUUCACACCCGGAUCCUUGGGAAGAGGAAGUCAAAAGCCCCACAAAAUCUUUUAACUUCUCCCAAAUCCACACGCACACAUACACCCUCACACACAGACGCACUCUCCUACACACACAUACACACUCACAAUCAUGCAACUCACACACACAUAAAGCACCUUGGUUUUAUGCUUCAUCCGACCACACGGCUUUGAUGUCUUUUUUUUCUAACAUAAGCAAAAUUUGGUCCAACUCUGCUGCAUUGUCUACAGGCCGCAAUUCCUGCAGGAGAGCCGUGGGGAUGCAGGAGGGGCCCUGGGGCUGAGCUGCCCCCUGGUCACAAGCUGCUCCUCCGGGCUUUGUUCCCGAGGGGUGUACAGCUGAGAUGGAGAACUACAGAAAGCACUGAGGAGAGACUGGUAGGUCAUGGGUGGCAUGGUCUGAAACCUGCAGUUUUACAAUCCAGCUACUUCCGCAUAUUUAUGCAUAUUCAUUCAGUAUGCAAAUGAGGACAUUGAAUCAUUUGCAUAAACCCUCCAGAUUUCUGGAUCUUCAGCCUUGUAUGGGCCGGGUGGGUAGAGCUGUGUGGAAAACAUUCCCAGCUGCCCCGAACUGCUUUAGCUGAGAGCUAGGGAACAGUUCGUUUGUGGGCAAGGUUUGCUUGUGCCUUCUCGACAGAAAAAUUGCAGAUGACUAACAAAGAAAUGCAAAUCCUGCUUUUCUCAGCCCGUAAACUCAUGGCAGUGACAGUGGCGCUAGUCAGAAAUUCUUCGAUGAACCGGUUUUUUCUCCCCAAAAUGUCCAUUUUUCUAAACUGCACGUUUUCUCAGGAACGGCUGAGUGACGACGAAUUCCUCAGCGGUUGAAAAGAAAGUUUCGAAGUUCCAAAAAGGUCCCGUUUUGAUGUUUUCUAAAUGGUUUUCCAAGUCAAAAAGCCUUUUUGUUCAGAAAUUAAAGCUAAUUAGAGUAACGACAUUUGUUUAAAAAAAUAUGGUUGAAAUUGAAAUAAAUGUUUCAAUUGGCCCGAAGUGAAAUUUGGAGGAGGGGGGGUGUGGGGGGGGGGGGUCAUGAAAAUGUU